UCUGUUAAAUAAUAUAUAUAUAUUUUUUUUAAAUGUUUUUUGUUUUUGUAUCUGCAGAUUCAAUAGAUGAGAGAAUCAACGAGCAAGCAGGACUUGUCCUACGUGGAUACAUUGUGCAGGCAGCCCAUGAAGACGACCCAGAUGUCCUGUUGAGCCAAGAAGAUUUGGGUGGAAGUCAAAGUGAAAGCCGGGACCCCGAAGUGAAGGAGAUUGUCAGAAAUUUAAUUCAAAUAGGAGACGAGCUCAAUAGGAAUGCUGAACUUGAGUACCUGAUUGAUCACAUCCAGCUUGACUCGGCAGAUUUAUUCUAUGUUGUGGCCGAGAAGAUUUUCGAAAAUGGUAUUAAUUGGGGAAGAGUCGUUGCCCUUUUUCAUUUUGCUUACAAACUUAUAUAUAAGGCAGUAACUACAAACUGCAGGGACAUAAUAAGUAAGAUCAUGGACUGGGCAUUGAAUUUCUUCAGGCGGCAUGUAUCACAGUGGAUCAGAGAGCAAGGAGGAUGGGAAACUGUCCAGUAUUAUAUCCAAAAUCUUAAAUGGCACAAUGUGGCAAUAUUUGUAGCUGGUGUUCUCACAGGUGCCUUGGCUUACUGGAAGAUGACAUAAAUAAGCUGCAGUUCUGUUUAUACAGUGGAACAUGUAUAAGCCUCUCUGUGUGAAUGACUGUAUUGCACUCCAGUCUUCCAAGCCAGUAAAAUCAUGUAAAUGUGGCUCAAUGUUAUGCAAAUGGAAGUAUCUCCGAUUUCUGCAAAGAACUAAGUUAAUAAACACAUUUUGAGAUAAAGGUGUAU